GCUAGAAUGCCCAAGACCAAACAGUCGUUAUCAAUGCGUCGUGGUAUGAAACUACCUGGUGGCUUACCUGGAGCAACACCUUUGGUUAGCGGUAAUGCUAGUGCUGAUACAAAAGACGAUAUCACUACAAAUAGCGCUGGCGAUUCCAACUCCGUAUCAAACCUACUGAGUAAGAAAUCAAAACAACCUCUCCAGCCACAACAGCAGCAACCUUCAUUACAAUUGAAAGGUUUAUUUGCAAACUUUUCCAAAUACAUCGAUAUCAAAUCUGGGUCUUUGAACUUUGCAGGCAAGUUAUCCUUGGACUCAAAGGGUAUCAAUUUUAACGGUACCAAGUUCAACAUCUCUGCAGAUGAUUUGGAAUUCAUCGAAGAACUUGGGCGUGGUAACUAUGGUACUGUGAGUAAAGUGUUACAUAAACCAACUGGAAUUAUCAUGGCGAUGAAGGAGGUUAGAUUGGAGUUGGAUGAUUCGAAGUUCAGACAGAUUUUGAUGGAGUUGGAGGUGCUACACAAGUGUAAUAGUCCGUACAUUAUCGACUUCUAUGGUGCGUUCUUCGUGGAAGGUGCUGUGUACAUGUGUAUGGAAUUCAUGGAUGGUGGCUCUCUUGAUAGAAUCUACGGUGACGGUGUCGACGAGCCUCACCUUAAGUACGUUGCUGAUAGUGUCAUAAGGGGGUUGAUGGAGUUGAAAGAGAAGCACAACGUCAUCCAUAGGGACGUCAAACCUACAAAUAUAUUGGUGAACACCGCUGGUAAAGUGAAACUAUGUGACUUUGGUGUUUCUGGAAACCUGGUUGCAUCACUUGCAAAGACAAACAUUGGUUGUCAGUCCUAUAUGGCUCCUGAGAGAAUCAAAUCACAAAGUCCAGACGACGUUGCGUACACCGUUCAAUCUGACAUUUGGUCCCUGGGACUCUCGAUACUGGAAACUGCAAAGGGAUGCUACCCAUAUCCACCAGAAACCUUCAACAACAUCUUUUCGCAGUUGAGUGCCAUUGUCGAUGGUGAACCACCAAAGCUACCCGAUGGGUUCUCGCCGUUGGCUCAUGACUUCAUAGCUCACUGUCUCGAUAAGAUCCCAGAGAGAAGACCAAAUUACGCCCAGCUGCUGAAGCACCCAUGGUUUGCAGAUAUGAUAGAUCAAGCUGAAAUGUCCCACUACGUCAAACUGAGAAUCAAAGAGGCCAAACAGGAAAAGACAAAACAGGACAAAGAGGACUUCAAGCAGUUGAAUCAGAAGCUGAAACCACCAUUACAUAGA